GAAUACACGUCGAACUGUCAAUAGUGUCAAAUCAAAAGGAAAAUUAAAGGGAAAAUCCGGAAAAUCGUCAUCGUCGUUUUAUUUCCAAAUUAGUAAAUCGGUAAAUUAAAUGCAAGUUUUUUAACAAAAAAAAUGGCUAGUGUCGGUUUUCGUUGGCUGGAUAUUUUAGAAAAAGAAUUUGACAAAGCUUUUGUUGAUUUGGAUUUGGCAUUAGGAGAGAUUGAAGUUGAAGAGACCAAUGCUGUCUUCAACGCCCGACAGAGAUUGUGUACUCUUGGUUCUUGCUUUGCACAACUCUCACAUAAAGCUCAAACCAUUUUUCAAAAUAGUGCUAAAGUAGAGGCCGAAUUAAUCCAUCUCCGUGCCGAAUUGAUCGAUUCGAAAUCGAAAAAGGAAAUAUUGGAAAAUGAGCUGCACAAUAUAUUGCUUCAGCUACAUUCGUCACAAUUAUCGCAGCUGCCUGAGAGUUUAGGCAACAAGAAGUUGGAUCAACAUUUUAAACCCGAUGUUAGUGCAAUCAAAAGGCGACUGGAAGCUGAAAUACGACAGAGUCCUUUACGGAUUCGAAGAAGUGUGAGCACCGAUACCAAAGAAAAAGAACCAGAAAUGAAAAUCAGUCCAACGGCACUAGAACCGAUUCACACAAAAAUUGAAAACGCACAGCUUAUGGCCGAAAAUACAGCGCUUAGGAACGACAUUCUCGCACUAACUGCCGAAGUAUACGGCGCCAAGUUAGCAGCUAAAUACUUGGACAAAGAACUAGCCGGCAGGAUACAACAGCUUCAGCUACUAGAAUUUACAGGUAAAGAAAUGCGCGGCGAGAUUCGAGACAAGCUUUGGGGUCAGCUCGAGUCUGAAAUUCUGCUUCAAAGGCACAAAACAGUAGUUAGGGCUUGUCGACGGAAUAGUUCCUUGAAUAACAAUCAGGACAAGUGUCUGAAGCCGCCACCGGAACCCGCAAGAAGUAACGGACAUUUUGGCGACAUCAGAAAUGUUGUUGUCAAGCGCAAACCGGAACAGGGCCUUGGAAUUAGUAUUACGGGUGGUAGAGAACACGGAGUUCCCAUAUUGAUAUCCGAGCUAGAGCAAAACGGACCGGCUGCAAUGUCGGACCAAUUGUACAUUGGCGAUGCUAUUUUGUUCGUGAACGAUAUAGAUUUAAGGAAUUCCUGCCAUAAGGAGGCCGUUUCGAUUCUGCAACAGCAGACUGGCGAUUGUAUUUUGCAAGUGCAAUAUAUUGCUGCCGAUGAUAGUGAUAAUUCGUUGGAAGAGGAUGGACUUAAUUUUAGAUUUUUCAAUGAAGAGGUGUGCGAUUCAAGCACAUCAAGCCAAGUGAAAGGAUCUCCAGAAAUCGUCAACACACCUACGGCUCCGAGGACGCCCGAAUCGAAUCCAGAGAGCAGGUUAUCGCUUAGAAACAGCACUGAAAACAUAAGAUCUCCAAGUCCACUAGAUAAUGUCAGUAACGGAAAUAAAAACAGAACAAGAAGAUAAAACUGCAACGUUGCAAUUGCACAACUCAAACAAUAACGCUUUGCCUGAUAAUAUCACAAAAUUUUCUGAUAUGUUAUCAAACGUCGAUACCAGCGAACUAGUAUUACUGGAUAAUGCUACAAACAACAUAAUCAAACUAGAAGAUUUCAAAAAAGUUGAUGUUUUUGCUACAAUGGAGAGCAACUUUAAUUGUUCAGCGAAUUCGCUUAUUUCGGACAAUUUGUCUUCCCCCAUGCAAACUAGCACUGAUGUUUAUUUAGAUUCGGAAAUUUUAUCUACAGAUAUCGCCUCGAACGAUUCACAUUCACCUAAAAAUUUACAGACUGACAAAAAGGCAAGUUUCAAUUACGAGAAUAUAAUAGAAAUUGAAAAAAUUAACGAGUUUCCCGAAAAGUCGGUGUAUCACUCAAACGAAUCGCUAGCUAAAAGUGAUCAAAGUUUAUUGAAUUCGGAUGAAAGUGGUAGCAGUUCACCUGUUCAUAAGAUGAACAGAAAUUACAAAAAACAAAAAAAGACAAGGAAGAAGUAUUUUGGGGUGAAGACUUUACAAAGCAUUUUCAAUAAACACGAUGGCUACUCUGAUGUAUCUACAACAGCUAGUGAAUUUGGCGAAGAAAUUGCUAUUGCUAAUUGCGAAGAAAAACCAAAUAUCAAAUUCAGCGCACCUGAAGUUACUAAACCAUCCAAACAUACCAUGAUAUGUCCCGAAACAAGUCCCCAGUUUGAAGAACAUGUGCAUAACAUAAUUUCGGAUAUUUUCACAAAAAGUCAAAUCGAUCCAGCUAUUAUGAAGCCUGUUAAGCCAGCCUCAAAAAAAUACUUUUCCCUGCACGGACAAAAUCUCAGAGUCGGUAAAGCUUUACGGUUGUGUCCCAAUGAAGACUUGACUGACGGUAUGGAUCAUGAUCAGAAAAAAGAAAAAUUGUUAGCUAGAUACGUUUAUAAUGCAAACUCUUUGAAUGUUGAUGGGGUCGGCGAUCCAGAUUUUGGUACACCUGUUUAAAUCGUUUUUGAUGAAGAAUAAAGUCGUUGCACUAAAGCUUAACAGCGCACCAUAUAGCUUUGACCUAAGAUUUACUUUUUGUUUCAUAAAAGUCAGAUAAGACCUAUGUUAUCAAAUAUGGGAAGGAAGAUGUCGUAGCUUUUAUCAUUUUUGAUGUGUAAACAUGGUUUUUGAGCUCGUGAAGAAAAAUAGGAACCCUGUGAAGUACAGGCAGGAUCUACAUACAUUUUUAUAAAACACAAACAUUUGUAUUUAGUAAUGCGCUUCAGGCUUUAGUGCCCAAUUAAUAUACCUAAAAAUGUAAUCUAGUAGCUAGGUACUAUAAGUAGCAACUAGCUAGGCUAAUUGAAAUUAAUAAUCCUAGGAUUUUGAUGAGAACUUUUUAAUGGAGAAAGAGAUUAGGAAAUAACGUGAAUAAUUGAUGUUGAAGAUGGAUAAAAGUUUAAAUGUGGGCAUUACAUUAUUUGUAUUUCUCAACUAAUAAGGCAGUUCAUUUGUACCUGCUCUAUCUGCUCGAAAAAUCAGGAAGAUCUGCUAGGAGCUGCUAUAUAUGGGACAAGUAAACGCCAAUCUGCUGCUGAGAUCUGCUUGAAGCAAGAAAAGCAGUACAAAUGAACACCCUAAAUAUUUAAGUCUAUGCUCCGACAAUGUCAAAAGUUAUUAUAAAUGAUAAUUUUUGUAAGAGUUUUGACAAUUUUGGAACAAAACUAUACAAUAUACUUAGCUAUCUAGUUAGGCUAUACAAUGACCACUUCAAAUAGAUAGACAUAGCUUUGGUGAAGAUUUUUCUAGUAGUUUAAAUGUAAUUGCUUGUUCUCUUUUACUACGUUACGUGACAUUCCUGUUUUUGAUAUACCUAAAUAUAGAAAUAUAAGAAAAGAAAAAUGAUUAUCAAACUAAUAGGAAAGAAAAAUCAAAAGCGGUAACAGGUUAGUAGAAAGUUAGUUUUUCACGGAGUCUUAUGAAUAAAAUGAAAAAGUUUCAUAGUUUGAGGUGGCAAUUUAUGGUUAGUUCUCACUUUCUACUAAUCUACCCUUAUGUGGUUGAUAGCGAGCGUCAGUAUGUAAUUUUAUAAUAAGUAUACAUAUUUUAGUGAUACGUUCUAUUUUUCCCCCAAACAAAAUGUUUAAAGUUGAAAUCUCAUUUUUUAGUGUAAUUCUCUAGUGUCCAUAGUCCAUAUUAAUGAAUACCUACACAUCUUCUGGCCGAAAAAAAAAUUAUAUGUUUAGAGUAGCAAAAAACUAUGAAAAAUUCAGUGAAAUCUUUAGAUUAUAUUUUUUAACAAUAUGUAUGUAUUUUUUUAAGGUCGCUCAAAUUUAAAUAGAUAAGUAUUAAGAGACAACCCCAUAGCUGUUAUAUUAGUCGAUGCCUGUUUGUAGAUUUAAGAUUUUGUAUUUAGUUUGUUUUCUAUAUCCACUUCUAUAAUCCGAUAUUUGGUUUUUUACCUAUUUUUGUUAGCGAUACUUUUAUAAGGAUGUUUUCAAAAGCGCAUCGAUGAGAGAAAGCAUACUCUUAUUGCUUCAUCUUCAUGUCCGAAUCCACUAUAACUUUGGACAAUAUCUAUAUAUCCGGCUCCGGCUAUCUACUGGAAAGUAGUUGGGCUUCGUGAAAUCUAUCCGAUUUUAGCCUUCCUGCUGUAGCUUCAAAAUGUAAAUCAGCUAUGUUUCUUGCAGUAUUUUGGGUAGUUAGUACCAAAUGUUAUACCAAAUUAUAAGUAUAGUAUGGUAUGUAUAUGAUAAUUUGCUUCAAUAGGAAAAAUUAAAUAUCGGUUUAUAGUGAAAUAUCUAUUGUAAUAUUGCAUUGAGUUUUUUAAAAACCACUAAGGCUUUAACCUUAUACCUUACCUAUGUAUAUUCCUAUAAAAAGUAUUUGCUUUACUUUUUUCUUCCUAAUCGCGUUUAUCGUUAUUCACAUAUCUAUUAAAAAAUUUGAAAAAG